CUUUCUGUUUUUCUCUUCUAGCAUAGUCAAUUUGGAAGCGGAAAUCAUUAUCUAUCGUUAUCUACUAGACGCGUAUGGAUUUGGUGAGAAGAUUACCGUUGUUCCCCAGAAAAAAAUUGUCGCAAAGGAAAUGACUGGUAAAUUCAUUGCAAAGGGACGAAAGAAACGCUCGAUUGGUAUAAAAGAAUGUGCAGCUAAUGGUAGAUAUAUUAGUUUGGUCAAUUAUUCAUCAAGCACAGAUGUUGAUAUAUCACGGUGGGUAAUCAAACAAAAGAUGGAUUCUGCAUCGGAUAUUCGAUAUACAAUGCCUAAGGGUAUUCGAAUUGAACAAGGAAAAGAAUUACGAAUCUAUUCGAACCGUUCUGCUGGGGAUGUGUCAUCACACGGAAGCGCGAUUUCGGCGUUAGUACAGCAACAGCAACAACAACCGCUAGUGACUGAUGAUUUACCUUCGUGGGGUAUUGGUGAUACAGUUGAAACGUUUUUAUACAAUCAAAAUGGUGAAGAAGAAGCAUCGUAUUUACAAUCGAUUGAGUUAAAAAAGGGUAAUAUGUGA